GGCAACCCAGUCAUUCGACCCGGGUUUUCCGAUACGCCCGCGUCUGUAUUGAUAAAAACAAUUUUAUAAACACAACAAAAUUAGUUUUAGAUUGACCGAGAUGUGCAUAUCGUAGUUAGUUUUUAGUUUAAUAUUUUAGUGACCUUGAGUGAAUGUUUAGUUAAAAUUAGUGACAAUGUUGAGUGCGAUUAUUAUUACGUUUUUUGCGACUACCGUCACCUCUGCUGUAGUGACUGAAUCGACUAACUCAUGCAGCGCCUCCGAGUUCAAAUGUGGCGACGGCAGCUGCAUCGGCCUGAUGUCAGUCUGCGAUGGCCGACGAGACUGCAUGGACAGCAGCGAUGAGGACCGCUGCGGUGGUGUAGGAUCUAAUUCCAUGCUGUCAGACGGAGUAUUGCACCGGUGGAAGAGGCAAGCCACGUCGCGCUGUAGCAAGUCCCAAUGGCAAUGCCGCGACGGCACCUGCAUCAGCUUCGACGGGAAAUGUGACGGCGUCAAAGACUGCCCUGAUGGCAGUGACGAGACACACGCUUUGUGCAGGAAGAGCCACUGCCAAUCCAACUGGUUCCGCUGUACUUACGGCGCAUGCGUGGAUGGCACAGCACCCUGUAAUGGGAUCCAGGAGUGUGCUGACAAUUCUGAUGAACUUCUGCCCAGGUGCCGCAACGAGACUAGCGAAGUCAGGGGUAAAUUCAAAUGCCUGGACGGUACCACCAUAUCCGCCUCCCUCCAUUGCGAUGGCGUCGCGGACUGCCCUGACGGCUCGGACGAAACCGUCAGAUCCUGUGCUGGAAACAUCUGUCCAGCGUACCUGUUCCAGUGUGCCUAUGGAGCUUGUGUUGACAUGGGCUCAGACUGCAACGGGAUACAAGAAUGUGCGGAUAACUCAGACGAAUCUGAUGAGCUGUGUAACCGCACUACCACAGUCACUAUCGCACCUCCGGUGACCAAGAAGCCAGUAACAGGAGGUGCUUGUGUACUACCACCGUACCCGGCCCAUGGCACUUACGUAGUAAACGGAGUUCCCAACGCCGCCCCGGGCCAAGCGUUUGACACCAUUGGCCUGAAUAUCACAUGUUACCCGGGAUACGGUCUCGUCAGCAAGAAAAGAGAUAGGAUAUGCCUGUACGGCCUCUGGUCGGAUGAAGUUACGGAUUGCGUGCGCUUCUGCCGUCUCAACAAAGACCCGAGUGUGGACUACCGCUGCCGCCUCACAGGCGCCGCCGAAGGCUACAGGGAGUGUGAAGACUACGAACCAGAUGGCACCAUCGUCCGCCCCGAAUGCCGAAGCCCCAACUACUAUUAUUCUGGUGUUCUCUCCGACAUGCAUUGCAUUGACGGCAGCUGGGACUACGUCGCUCGCUGCCUCCCAGAGUGUGGACUGGUAACUCCUAAGGGUGUGGAACUGGUCAUUGGAGGUAGACCGGCAGAACGUGGGGAGUUGCCGUGGCACGCCGGCAUCUACAGAAAGACUACCACCCCGUACAUGCAGAUCUGUGGAGGAUCUCUGGUCAGCGCCAAGGUCGUUAUAUCAGCUGCCCAUUGCUUCUGGAACGACACCUCGAAGGCGCAGCCGGCGUCCAACUACGCUGUGGCCAUGGGGAAGCUGUACAGACCCUGGAAUAGCCCGGGGGAUUUGGAAGUACAGAAAUCUGACGUAGCGACCCUGAAAAUGCCAGAGCGGUUCCUGGGAGGCACCACCAACUUCCAGGACGAUAUAGCCAUCCUCCAGCUGGUCACCACCAUAGUCUACAUGCCUCAUAUCAGGCCGGUGUGCGUGGACUUCAACGUGGUGUUCGAGAAUCGGCAGCUACAUGAGGGUAACUUGGGAAAGGUAGCCGGGUGGGGCCUCACGGGAGAGAACGGGGAAGCCUCCCAAGUGUUGAAGGUGGUGGAACUACCAUACAUCUCCAUCCAGGAGUGCCAGUCGGACUCCCCUUUGGACUUCAGGGAGUACAUCACGGGAGAUAAGAUCUGUGCGGGCUAUAGAAACGGAACGGCGCUAUGCAAAGGCGACAGCGGCGGUGGAUUAGCCUUCCCGGAACCUGACAAGGGGACCAUCCGGUACUACCUCCGGGGGAUCGUCUCCACCGCCCCUAACAAUGACAACCUCUGCAAUGCUUACUGGCUGACUACCUUCACUCAGAUCUCGCGGCACGAGCGGUUUAUAAAGGAAUACCUUUAACGCUCGACGUAUUUUUGGCUAAUAGUUCUUGUAGUUUAACAGUUGGGGAGCGUCUGUUCAAAAAGAAAGAAUUAGAUAAAAAAAAUUGUUUAUGUAAUAUCCACCCCAGCAACGCACCUGUAACGCUACUGGGACUGCGGGUGUCCGAAUCUAUAGUUUACAGCAGAAUUUUAAAACUACCUAAUACUUUACAUUUAAAAGAUGGAUUUUUUAUUAAACUUGAGCACAGGGCAUAAUGUGCACUGGCAGGUUUAAGAAUUUCCAUCCAAUGGGAUCUGAGAUUCAUAAACGGAUUCGAAAAAAACUGAAAUCCCUUUUGAACAGACGUUCCUCAGUUGGCACCACUGGCGAGUGACAAGACUUUACGUGACUUUACUCUACAGUCGCGCCAUCUACGUCCUGUGAGUGCAAAUGUCCAAUCCAAACAGUCCUCUUACCACAUUUGCGCUCACCAUUUAGAGUAGGCGCACACCGUUGAUUUUUCGUCGGCCAAUAGUUUAGUCGGGCAGUUGAUCAGUAUGGGCAUGUAAUAUGGGAGUGCGCACACUACGCCGAUUCGAUUUGGCCGACUAAAUAGUUGAAUGCGAUUCCCAACUGCUUUCCAACUAAAGUAUCGUCCAACUAUAGUAUCGUCCAACUAUCGUCCUCUACGCGCGCGCACACUGGCCGAUUACAAUCGCCGAUACCUACUAAAUCGGUGUAAUGUGCGCACUUUCAUACAUCUCCAUACUGGUCAACAGCCCGACCCAACUAUCGGGCAACUAAAAGUCGGCGGUCUGCGCCUAGUAGCCACUAGCGACAGACAGGAACAAAAAUCUACCAUGUGCCAUUAAAUAAAACCUCAUCAUAAUACGUAACUUACUGGUUUUUUACAGGCAGCUCUUAGACUUAGCAAAUUAUCAAGAAAAUUAGUACUAAAAUCCCGUCGAGUUAACUGCGUACCUCGCUGGAAUGCGACUUCCUCGCACUCACCCGUGUACAUCAGAAUCUCCCAGCGUCGAUGUGACGUCACGGGCACCAGGUGCGCAGUUAACUCCACUGGGUUGUACUAAUUAUUUUUAAGGCUUGCUUAGUACCUAAAUAAAGCAUUUAUGAGUAAAUUGUAAUUCCUCGCCUUUGACAUUUAUUAUUUUAAGAGAAACUUAUCCUAUUAUUUUAUAAUCUCAGGUUGUGAAAUCAAUGAAUUUAAAAAUACGUAAUGUUAAUAAAAAUGAUACCGAGAGA